AUGGCGUCCCUCCUCCUCCGCCGCCGCCACGCUGCGCACCCACGCGCCGCCGCCGCGGCCUGCGCUCCCCUCCUCCGCGCCUUCUUCGCGCUCCCCGACGUCAAUCCCUCGGCGUCCUCCACCGCAACCCCUACCCCGGCCGCGCCCACCACCACCUCCGCCCGCGCCCCCGUGCUCGACCUCCAGCUCGCCGUGCGCGCCGAGUCUGACCCAGCCCGCAUCCACUCCCUCGUCGCCUCCGCGCUCUCCAGCGAUGACUUCCCGCGCCUCCACACCUCGCGCCAGCUCUUUUCACUGGCCACCUCGCGCCUGACCCGCCUCCGCCGCCCCGACCUCGCCGCCUCGCUCCUCGACCUCCUCCUUGCCUCCGCCCCGCCCUCCCCGGGCCUCCUUGCGCGGGCGCUCUCCCUCUACCCGGGACCCGACGACGCGCUCCGGGCCUUCUCCUCGUCUCCCCCCGCCGCCCGCUCCGACGUCUCCCUCUCGGCGCUCCUUUCGGCGUUCCUCCGCGCUGGCCGCCUCGAUGACAUCAAGUCCACCAUUGCCCUGGCGGAGUCCUCGCACGGGGUCGCGCCCGGCCGCGCCUCCCACAAUGUGCUCCUCCACGCGCUGGUCAAGAACUCUGAGCUAGCUGCUGCCCGGAAGCUGCUCGACGAAAUGGCCAACAAGAAGUUGAAGCACCGCCCUGUGCCAGACAUCAUAUCCUACAACACUGUCCUUGCCGGUUACUCCGUGCAGGACGAUGAGGAGGGGUUUGAGAAGGUUUUGAAGGAGAUCAGCUUGAGCAACCUGGAGCCAAAUGUUGUCACCUACAACUGCCGGAUACAGUGGUUCUCCAAGAAAGGCGAGACAGUCAAGGGGGAGGAGCUGCUUGAUGUGAUGGAAUCAAAGGGGGUAGCGCCGAAUUACCUUACCUACAAUGCUCUCGUGCAGGGUUACUGCAAGGAGGGAAAUGUCGGGGCAGCGAUGCGUGUGUUCAAGAGGAUGAAGGUGAUGAAGAGGCGGGAGGGAAGAAGUGACUUGGGUGUUUCCGCGCAUUCGCAGGUAUAUGUGGUGCUGUUUAGGAGUUUGGUUGAGAAAGGGAAGCUUGAUGAUGCGUUGUGGAUUUGUAAGAGCUGCUUUGCAAUGAAGGCAGCACCAGCGUUUGAGGCUGUUAAGGGUUUGGUCGAGGGUUUGGUGAAGGCAGGCAGGUCAACAGAGGCCAAGGAUGUUGUUGCCAAGAUGGAGUUUCUUGUGAAAGGCGAUGCUAAACUUGCUUGGGGGAAGGUUGUUGGUGAACUUUCUUUCGAAGAGGGACCGUCAAAUUCGAAUCCAUGA